UGAGCUUUGAAUCCCGGGCGGUAGCCGCCAGAAAAGAUUGCGUCUGCUUGGGGCGACGCCUCAUGCCCUCAUGCUUUCCCUCUCUUGUGUGCUGUGACGGUCUCCGCAUUCUCUUCUCACCGGCCACCUCCCCGGUUGCUCAAGCAUGUACGACUCAUUGUUUGGUCCACACUUCUUCCAUCCCCGAACCAAACCGAUUGCGCUGAGCGAUUAGACUCUAGUUCUUUUUUUUCGGUGGAGAGCAUGGAGGAGGAGGAGGCAACUGACGGGCUCUGAUUGGAUGGCGCAGCAGAUUGGGGCAGUCGAGCUUGAGGGAUUUCGAGUCCCCCUGGAAGGGGUCAAAUGCGGCGGCCGCUCAAUGGUUUGUGUGGAGCUCUAGUGUCAGCCAGUGGCCUUGGCGCCUGCCUCAUCUAGGUUCCUUUGAUCCAAUCCUUGUUGCAAAUUGCUGUGUUCUUGGAUCAAUUUGACCUGAUAAGAUUUUGAGGAGAUGGAUGAGGAGGACUACUCGUGGGUGCGGCGCACCAGGUUCUCGCACUCCGUCGUCAGGUCCAGCUCCGGCAGGGAGCAGUAUGGUGCGUUCGUUGAUCAGUUCAGUCGCGGCACUGCACUGAAGCAAAAUGGGUUCGAUUCAGGGCGCAAACUUCCUCGUCAGAAUUUACAAACCAUGGAGAAAGGUGCCGCGAUCUCGGACUCGGCAAGGCCGUCGAUUCCGCGGGCGAGAUCGGCAGUUUCUCAGUCAGAACGGAACCUGAAGCAUACGUAUUCGGAUGAUCAACUGAACCAAGAGAGGAGAACUAGUGAUCGCUCAUUGCAAGAAGCAUCGGUGAAGCAGGAUCGGAAAGGGAACAGCCUCAGCUUGGACAUUCCCCAGCUGCAUGUGGUCCGGAAACCCAAGGAUGAGGGCUCAGACGCGCUGGAAUUCUCUUUCCACUCCGAGGAGCAGAGCUUGCAGCUGCAGAGAGUGUGCUCUAGCCCAGCUCCUUUCAUUUUGCAGGAUUCAACAGCGCCAAUUGAUGAUUCAAGAGUGCGAAGUGCAUCUGUUAAGAUCAUCGGAGAGCGGCAGGGGCAAGAGCCGAAGCCGAAGCCUAAGCGGAGAGCUAAAUCCCCUAUCCCCACGCGUGUCAUCUCCGACGUGUUCAAGGAGGCGAAGGCUGCCACCAAGAGGUUCUCCAGUCCGCAGCGGCAGAGGAAGUCCAGCUCUCCACGGUCACCGGAUGUCAGCCCCCCAUUCGGCUUCGCUUCGCUGAGAACACCGAGCAAACUGAAGAAUACUAGGAGGGCCUCCUCAUGGCCAACAAGGAACCUUGACAGUGGAUCGGCAAAGAUUGCUGCACUGGAGAUCCUUGAGAGAUGGACGGUCGACCGCUCGCAGUUGCUUAUCGGCUAUAGAUUUGCGUCUGGGGCGUAUAGUCGUUUGUUCCAUGGGAUCUACCAGGAGCGGCCUGUUGCUGUGAAGUUUAUCAGGCAGCCUAACGAGGGUGAGGAUGAAGAGUUGUCUGCUCGGCUUGAGAGGCAGUUCACUGCCGAAGUUACCCUUCUUGCAAGGCUCCAACAUCGUAAUGUGAUUAAGCUUGUUGGAGCCUGUAAUUGUCCACCGGCAUUUUGUGUCAUCACCGAGUUCCUCUCUGGGGGUUCCUUGAGGGCUUUCUUACGCAAGCUGGAGCGUAAAACUCUACCCUUGGAGAAGGUCAUUUCUAUUGCUCUGGAUAUCGCGCGUGGCCUAGAAUACAUUCACUUGCAAGGAGUUGUUCACCGUGAUGUGAAAUCCGAGAACAUUUUAUUUGAUGGAGAAUUCUGUGCAAAGAUCGUUGAUUUUGGAGUAGCUUGUGAAGAAGCAUACUGCAAUGUAUUAGAGGAUGACCCGGGUACUUAUAGAUGGAUGGCACCAGAGAUGUAUAAGCACAAGCCAUAUGGUCGGAAGGUUGAUGUUUAUAGCUUUGGACUUCUCUUGUGGGAAUUGGUCACCGGUUCAAUCCCUUAUGAAGAUAUGACUCCGCUCCAAGCAGCAUUUGCAGUUGUUAAUAAGAACUUGAGGCCGGUUAUUCCUUCGACCUGCCCGGUACCAUUACGACUUCUGAUCUCACAAUGUUGGUCCUGCCAACCUGAGAAGAGGCCUGAGUUUCGGCAGAUAGUCCAAAUCCUUGAAAAUCUUAAGAUAGUUCUUGACAGAGAUGGAACAUUUGACAAGAUCCCAAGCUCCAUCCGCCAGGCCCAGGAAUGCAACGAUCAGAACAAGAAGAAGCUUGCCAACUGGAUCCAGAAGCUCUCAUACAGUCAACCUGAUUUCUCCGGACCGCCACCACCAAAGUUAUUGUAAUUUUGUGUCUUGUUCUUUUCAAUAGUGAGUUAUCCGGUAGAUAGCAACUCUGUAAAUUGAAUUUUUCUUCUUUUUAUUUUUCUGUUGAGAGAUCAGAAGUUUCUUCGUGGUAUAUACUCGACAUACAGUACAGUCAUUUUUAGGGAACAAUUGAUUGGCUAGCUUAACA